AUGGCCCGCGACGGCGCGUCGGCGGAGCGGCGCCGGGUGGCGCUGCGGGUGCUGCUCGCGCGGGGCGAGGGCGCCUCCUCGUCCUCCUCUCCCCCGCCGCGGGGGCCCGAGGAGGAGGCGCCGCGGGGCAAGCAGCAGCAGUGGCUCGCGCUGCGCCUGCGCGACCUCGGCUGCGCGUCCGCCGCCGCGUCCCGGGCCCACGCGCCCGUCGCCGCCUCGGCCUCCGUGCGCCCGGCCGCGGAAGAGGAGGGGGAAGGGGAGGAGGAGGACGACGACGAGUGGCGCGCGAGCCGGCAGCAGCGGCGGCGGAGGCGGAGGGAGAGGAGGGGCGCGAGGGUCGCGGGCGGCGGAGGAGGCGGCGUCGCGGCUGCUGGGGACGUGUGGUGCACCUGCACCCCGGGGAUUCCCUUCGCCGCCGAGGCGUCCUCGGUCGACUGCGUCGUCGCGCGCCACCACCACACGGCGGCUCCCGGCCGCCGCGGGGACGGGGAGAGGCGACACCGGGAGAGGACCGCGGAGCAGCGGGCGCGCAGGGUCACCAUGCGGGAGCACAUAUCCACCUCCUUCAUGGACUCGCCGCCGCGCUUCCACAUGCCCUUCCACGACGCCGACCUCCCGCAUUCAGGCCGCCACCGCCACGCCCACCCCUACGACAGGACCGACGAAGAGAUAAUGAUGUUUCGAACGAGACUGCUGUUGGGAAGAAUGGGCAUGUAUGAUCAAUAUCAGGAUUGGCGCCUCGAUGUCGAUAACAUGAAUUACGAGGAGCUACUCGCGCUCGAGGACAGGAUCGGCUACGUAAGCACAGGGCUGCGAGAAGACGAGAUUGUUCGCGGCCUUAGGGUUGGCAAACACCUGCCGUUCGACCGCAAACAUUUCUCAACAGAGACGGAGCGGAGCUGCAGCAUUUGCCAAGAAGAGUUUGAAGCAAGCGAAGAGAUCGGGAAGCUGAGCUGCGGGCACGGCUACCAUGUGCACUGCAUCAAGCAGUGGCUCUCCCGGAAGAACGCCUGCCCACUUUGCAAGGUCGCCGUCUCAAAACCAUGA